AUGGCUUGGCAGUCUCCCUCGGCCAUGGCUGGGGGCGGAGGGUAUGUCGGACCCGGGGGCGACGGGUCUUCCAACGGCGGGCACCCCCAGGGGACGGAAUAUACUCUGCAAGGGGUGAUGCGCUUUCUACAGACGGAGUGGCACCGGCACGAGCGAGACCGCAAUGCGUGGGAAAUUGAACGCGCAGAGAUGAAAUCUCGAAUCGGCAAGCUGGAGGGAGAUGUUCGUACGAGCAAACGACUACAUGAAUCAUUGGGAAAGCACGUCAGGCUUCUCGAGGCGGCCUUGAAGAAGGAGCGCGAGAAGGUCAAGAAGCUCAGCAACAAUGAAAAGGUCGAGGACACCAGGGAUCCCAAGGACAUUGCCCGGGAAAGCAUCAACGCCCUGAAAGUCCAACGUCCAAAGUCCCAUACACCUAAUGAAGCCGACGUGAACCUCGAGAAUGAACACGAGUUCCGGCAGGAGAAUGAGCGAGAGAAGUCGCGACUGUAUCUGUCGAAGUGCUCCCAGGAGGUUGCGUAUCAUGUUAUUCCUUCAUCACACCCGGCCCCGGACCUCAAUGAUCAAGACAUCCAAAACCAUAUAUACGGCAAUCAGCAGCUGUCACAGCAGAGCUUGGAGGAGGCGUAUCUUCAGCAACAGCGUCAAAAACAACAGCACCACCACCAACAGCAGCAAGCGAACGAUAUGAUGGCCCGGGAGGCGGCGCUUCAGAACCACCAACCCGUCAUCACCCACUACUCGGAUAACGCGGCCUUGUCCCGCGCGCAAAGCCAGUUUGGCUUCCCACCCGCUACUAGAGAAGCGAUGGAGAGACGAGCCCUUGAACCUCAACAGACCCCGCUUACCGUUAUCGACAAUCGGAAGCAGGCCCUUAACAAUUCCUUGAUGGACGAGCGCGCUGCCCACGGGGAGCAGGCAUAUGAUGGGUAUGGCGCGCAAUCAGCGGGAAAGGAUUCAAAACAACAAGUGGAAGAGAAUGCGGAGGACACGGAUGGCUGGAACUUCGAUGAGCCGGCCGACCAAGCACCGCAGGCGGAACAGAUGCCACCGCAUCGGCCUGAUGUUGACGCUUUCCCGAACGCCAACUUUGUCGGGUCGAAAUCGCCGCAAAGGUCCGGCUCACUCUCUCAUAGAAGAAAGAGUUCUGGCGCUAGGAGGAAGAGUGACGGUGCCAUUGACCUUGCGACGGCUGCCAAGUCAGAACCUACAUUCAAGGUUCGGUUCGCCCUUCGCGGCCAUCUGGAUGUCGUUCGUUCGGUGAUCUUCACCGGUGGUGGAAGCCCGUCGGAGCCUGAGAUCUGUACAUGCAGUGAUGACGGAACAAUCAAACGGUGGAUUAUACCCGCGACAUACGGCACAUUUGGCGCGAGCUCGAGCAGUGACCUGGACAUCACCAGCUACUUCACCCACCGCGGACAUGUGGGAGCUGUGACUGCGCUUGCCGCGUGCUCUCCCUCGCAAAACUUCUCCAACGGGGGACGUGCAUUAGGCGAUGGUUGGGUCUUCUCAGGCGGUCAAGAUGCCAGUGUACGUGUGUGGGAACGGGGAAGAGUUGAUCCCAAGGCGACUCUUGAUGGCCACACGGACGCUGUCUGGGGUCUUUGCGUUCUUCCGGGUACUGCAGGCUCUGUGUUUGGUGAAUCCUCCAACCAUUACGGUGGGCCUGAUCGAAUCCUCCUCGCAUCUGGUGGUGCGGACGGCCGUAUAAUUAUAUGGGCUGUUAGCGCGCCCCCGCAGCUUUCCUCCCCUCAAGCAGGGUCUCGGCGCGCUGGAGGAAGCCGGCGAGCCAAUUCGAUCUCCUCUGGCUCUAACUUCCCGUCGUCACCGCAACCCAGCACUGCAACUACGACACCAUUCCACUACACAAUGGUUCGUCAAAUUGUUCGGACAGAAUCUCCUUCCCCAACUUGCAUCAGCCCAUUGUCGCUUGCCGGUAUCAACUUUGUCGUGUCCUACACCGACGCUUCGAUUCUUGUGUAUGAUACAAGGACCGGCGAAGAAAUUGUGGGCAUGGCGAGUCUUGAGACGUAUGAUGGCACACCUUCGACUGGUGUCAACUCCGUGGUCGCCACUACAGUUGGAUUCGAUGGGUCCGCAGGUCUUGACCCCAGCCGGACAAUGGGCGAAGAAGAAGUCGUCCACGGUGCGACUGGCUCCAGUGGCGUUGAAGGCGUGAUUAUCAGUGGAUACGAAGACCGUUAUAUUCGCUUCUUUGAUGCCAAUAGCGGCCAAUGCACAUAUACGAUGUUGGCCCAUCCGUCAGCGAUUGCUUCGCUUUCGCUCUCCCCAGAUGGACGUGAGCUAGUCUCUGCGGGUCAUGAUGCCAGCUUGCGGUUCUGGAACCUCGAGAAGCGGAGCUGCACCCAGGAAAUCACGAGUCACAGGCUGAUGCGUGGUGAGGGAGUGUGUUCCGCCGUCUGGAGCCGUGACGGCCGCUGGAUUGUCAGUGGAGGUGGUGACGGUGUCGUCAAGGUGUUCUCGAGAUAG